GGGGCCAGAGCCCUGUGUCUUGCGUCUUACUAAAGCCAGCACCUGGGAUAGUUCUCUCCAUCUGGGACGGACACCAGAAGCAGCAACAUGCCUCCUGCUUCCUUUCUCCCCAUGGCCACCUUUUUCCUUCUAAUUUCUGGAGAGUCCUGUGAGGGAAUUAUAGGAGGACAUAAGAUGCCAUCUCAUGCCAGACGCUACAUGGUUCUCAUCAAAGGGCUGGAAAUCUGUGCAGGGGCUUUGAUCAAAGAAAACUGGGUGCUGACAGCUGCUCACUGUGACCUGAGAGGCAAGCCUCAAAUUAUUCUUGGUGCCCACCUUGUAUCUCAGGAAGAGAAACUUGAACAGAUGUUUUCCAUUAAAAGGGCAGUUUCCUACCCAUGCUAUGAUCCUGAGACAUUUUAAGGAGAUCUCCA